GCUCUGAAAGAAGCAAAGAGGUUCAAUAGAAAGAAGAUGAAAGGGGGGAGGCUUUUCUUCCUCUGGCAUUGUCUUCUUGUUUCGUCUCUUAAAGGGCCGGGUGGUGGUUGUCUAUUCAGAAACGUCUCUGUAGACCCGGUGUGUGUGUGUGGUGUUGGGGGGGGAGGUGUGUGGUUGUUAUAAUGUGGACGUAGUGGACAGCAGCUCAGCGCGCUGUAAAGCAGCAGAGAGCGGCGGGAUGGGCUCUGCUUCCAAGACCAGUUUUGCAGCGGCGGGCUGUCCGCAGAGCGAGCAGGGGGACGAGGUGGAGGAGGUGGAGGAGGAGGAGGAGGAGGAAGCGGGUCCGACGCGCGGCAGCGGCGUGUGCAAGUGGUUCAACCUGCGGAUGGGCUUCGGCUUCCUGUCCAUGAGCAGCCGGGACGGAGCUCCUCUGGAGGACCCGCUGGACGUGUUCGUCCACCAGAGCAAACUGCACAUGGAGGGCUUCCGCAGCCUCAGGGAAGGCGAAGCGGUGGAGUUCACCUUUAAGAGAUCCUCUAAGGGGCUGGAGUCUCUCCGGGUCACCGGGCCCAACGGAGCUCCGUGCCUGGGCAGCGAGAGGAGGCCAAAGAGCGCCCAGAGGCGGCGCUCCAAGGGGGACAGAUGCUACAACUGCGGCGGACCCGGCCAUCACGCCAAAGAGUGUCAGCUGCCCCCUCAGCCCAAAAAGUGCCAUUUUUGUCAAAGUGUUUCGCACAUGGUGGCCAGCUGUCCGGUCAGAGCGCAGCAGCAGCAGCAGCAGCAGCAGCAGCAGCAGCAUUCGUCUCGGGCUUCUCAGGGAACCUCACCAGGAGACGAGGAAGAGGAGCAGGACCUGGACUUGGUCCCUGAAACCCCAGAGUGAGCGAUCAGGGGGGGGAGAAACCGUGAGGUUUUUGCGCGGAAAACACUACUGGAAAGAGCUGCCUCAGGUUUUAUUUAUUAAGCGGCCAAAUCGAGAGUCGCGGCUGUGUUGCCGAUGUGCUGCAGACACAACUUUUAAUAUUCUUUCUGCGUUGCCGUUUUGUUGCCAUGGAUCAGUGUCUUAGCUUUAGAAUGAAACAAUCAGACCAACUUACACAUUAUCUUGCUGGUGAAUGGGUUUGGCUGGCAGGUAUUUGACAUAAGUGCAUAUCUAACUAUUACAGGAAAACCACCCGAGUAAUUUAUGACAUGCAGCUUUCUGUUGAGGUAUCGUCCUUGCUUCCUCACUGCCUUACCCUACAUAGGGACACUACAUAGGGACCCAGAUCUUUUCCCUGCUUUGACAAUUCAAAGUAUCUGCUAUAUAAAAGGGCCUAUAUAAGAAUGAACCACAAGGUGGGUCUUAAUUUGUCAACUUUGUGGCGUAGCAGGUGUAGUGGAUGCUUUAGAUUGUAGCUUCAGGUUCAACUAAUGAGCAAAAAUCAUCAUCAUUAUAAACUCAGAGCUGACAAUCUCCAUUCAUGUAACCCGAGAUACCACAGUGGGGCAUUUGUUUGGACUCUGUAGUUCAAUUUCAUUGUUAAAAAAGCAAGUGAAAUGAAAUAUCAAAGUAAGUAAGAUCUUGAUAAUUAUAGUAAAAAACAAAGUGAGUAAAGAAAAAAUAUUGGCCUUUAAAAAACAACAACAACCAAACCCUUGUGUCCGGAUUUGAUUAAACCCUGUUUUAAAAGUAAGAUGAAGUGGCACUAUUAGGUAUAAGGGAAUACAAGUGUUAUCAUUUUGUCACAAAUAGAUGUGGUUAAGAUCUGGUGGUAACGCAGAACAUUUUAUUUUCAUAUGCAAUAUAAAAAACAUUACAUUACCGUUACAUACGUAAUAAUGUAAUAAUUUGACGUUAUUCUCAUUCUUGUUCUCUCCUAAAAUUAGGAUUUAGGAAAUUCCACAAUACAUUUCUCAUAAGAAAUCCCUAAUUUUCCUAAUACUAUUACUAUGUUGUAAAUCAAUAAUCAAACAUAGCAUUGUGCCAGUUUUUUGCUUUUUACUCUUCAAAAAUAAUCUGUCAUGUGAAUGUAAUGAGACACAUAUGCGGGGCUGCCACAUAUUUAGAUAAAGGUUAUUUGUGUCAGCCUCUUUUGAGAAUUAUUUUCAGGUAUUAUUGUGAAAAGGGAAUGUUACAUGUAUAAGUAUGUAUAUGUAUAAGUGCCCUAACCUCCACUUUCCAAUGAGGUCCAGAGCUGCUUUCAACCAACACAUUCCGUAAAGACAUCCACACACAUGCUGUGAACAACAAUUCAGACUUUUUUUGUGGCAAAAAUAUGUCUUUCUUGCCAUCAUUGCCAUCAUUUAAACGUAUAUGCAAGACCAGUAUUGAUUGUAUGGCAGACUUUGUUUGCGAAACAGUAUUAAUCCGAAGGAAAGGUUCACACGUACAUAUCAGGGAUUUUUCACAUAAACAAUUUGCCUUCACUUGUUUAGGUGAAGGGGCUGAAUGUAUAUGGAUAUGAUCUUUUUUUACAUGAUCUAUUUAUCCAGAGUUGUUCUCCCUGAAGGACAGACUGAACAUCCGGCAGCUGUGAUGGUUGCAUUUGAACUGGUGUUUUGCUUCAGAGUGAGAGUGUAUACAUGCUGUGCAGGAAGUCACAUCAUUGUUUUUGGCCAAUUUGCAGGAUUCGAUCACUGUGUAACUGUUUGUUUAACAGUCUCAUUUUACAAAUCUACAGCUUAACUGGAUUGUCCCUGCACAGUAAAAACACACAGCAUUCUAGUAUUUCCUUCAAUGCUUUUACUGUCACCUCAGUCUGCAAACACUUUAUUUACCGUCUUCAUUUUGAGCUCAGGGAGAACGUUUUUUGAUCUAUCAGGAUUCAUCUAAAUGUUUAAGAUGUGAUUGUCUCAGCUGCCAAAAGAGCCACUGUCUCUAUGUCAUUUUGUGUCAUGCACCAGGGACCGGGGAGUACUGUGUCGGCCUUCUUUGUCUCAGAGGAACCGUCCCCUCUUCAGCAUUGUGCACAUUGCAUUUCCCGGCAGGGGUCGCUCUUUUGCGUUUGUAUUUGACAUGGGAAAGUCUGCAACCACAGUCAAUGUGAUGUCCUUGUGAGAUUCUAGCAACAAUAGAGUGGGAGACGGCAGAAACUUAUUUUGCGCCACAUGAAACACCAGCAGGAGAGGAAAGUGGUUCCCUCUAAAUGUUGAAGCGUAUUUGCAAAGGUUCAAGUGUCGUGUUGUCACGACCUGCCCUACGCCAUGACAUCCACAUGGCCUCACUGAGCUACAUAGCUAACAGGUUAGCCGGCUGGCUCGCUAAGCAGGCAUUAGCAUUGUUUAGUUUCCUGGUUCUGGAGUGUGUUCAUACUCAGGGAGUCUUAACGUGUAAAAGGAUCGAAGAACUGGUUUAUUGAUGAGCGUUGAGUAGCCUGUUCUCAGCUGGAGCCAACGUGCGUUUAGCCGAGCCUAGCGACAAGCGUGAAAGCUCAUAGGAAAAGAUUUUAUAUUGUGAUAAAUGAAGAUAUUAUUUUGUCGUGUCUUUAUAGAUGUUGGUAGGUCAUAAAAAAGCCAGGCUAAUGGUUCCUGUCGGUCGCUGCUUCGGGGAGGAAACAGCUUUAGUUUCACUUUGAAGUGGAAAUGUAAGAAAUCAUCAAUGAUAUCGUCGAUAAAAAUCACCAUUGAUAAAAACCCAACAAUGCAGUUUUACGGUAACAAGUUGACUCACCAAAGUAGUAAAUUAAAACAGGUAAUCACUAAAUAAGGUGGAAUGGCACUAUAUUUUAAAAUGUUGUUUUCUUAAAUUGUAAAUAUCCAGUGUUUUUUUUUUUUUUCGUCCCGCAUUUUAAUAUAAUGUCCGUGAUGUUUCUGCAUGAUAAUGAGUAGAAUAACAGAAUAGCUGUUUCAUGUAAAAUGGGGACCGGCGACUGAGCGCAGUGAUUUCACAGCACACAGGAGCUCCAGAAGCAUCAUUAUUGAUCAUCAUUAACGAUCAUUAUGUGCCUGAGUUCACCACGGCGCUCACGGUGCUGCAGCACGAUGGGGUCUAAUCUGCCACGUGCAACGCUCUGGUCCCAGUUCCAGUGUUGUGUUGUUUUCUUGUUGUUUGUAUUGCUUCUUAUGUGCGACCAAGACGGAACACGUCUUGUCAGAAAUCUAUACAAGUCUACCUCAGGUGUGAUUUUGGACAGCUUGAGAAAAGCACGUCCAAAAAACUUUUUUGUAUGUAUUGUAAAUCUUUUGUGUAGUGGUCCAUACAAGUAUUUAUUACUUUGUCUUUUUUUUUAAUCUUCUUUCUAGCGUGUUGUGUGCUACCUCAAAGAACAUAUUCAACAUUUGUUUCUGGUAUCUUUGUGCCUGUUGUUGUGGUGCUUUUUAAAGACCUCUUAGCCUCCUUUCAGGAAAUAGAGAGACACGAGAGAUCUGCUAAAUGUACAAAUAAGAUCUUCACUCGCAAUCUUCGAACAAAAAGCCAUAUCUUUACUUACCAGAGCAGACACAGCCACAAGUUCUGGCUCUCUGGAGUCCAUUCGCUUUAACACGCAUGGUAGAGAAUGUUUGGAUUGUUUGUAUUUCUUUGGAUCGUCCCUCCGCCGCGCUUUGUUUUGUAUCGUGCUGCAAUACAAAGGUAAUAAAAGAUCUAACAGAA